AUGUCACGUUACAGAGGGCCUCGUUUCAAAAAAAUACGCCGUCUGGGGGCUUUACCAGGACUAACCAGAAAAGAGCUUCCAGUUAGAAGAGUUGGAAGCGAAGAAUCGCUCUCCAGUAAAAAAUCUCAAUAUCGUAUUCGUUUAGAAGAAAAACAAAAAUUGCGUUUUCAUUAUGGUCUUACAGAACGACAAUUGCUUAAAUACGUUCGUAUCGCUGGAAAAGCGAAAGGGUCAACCGGCCAGGUUUUACUCCAAUUACUAGAAAUGCGCUUAGAUAACAUACUUUUUCGAUUGGGUAUGGCUGCGACUAUUCCUGAAGCCCGUCAAUUAGUUAACCACAGACAUGUUUUAGUUAAUGGUCGUAUAGUAGAUAUACCAAGUUAUCGUUGUAAACCUAAAGAUAUUAUUACAGCCAAGGAUGAACAAAAAUCGAGAACUAUAAUUCAAAAUUCUCUUAAAUCAGCCCCCCGCAAAAGAGUGCCAACCCAUUUGACUCUUCAUCCAGACCAAUAUAAAGGAUUAGUCAAUCAAAUAAUAGAUAGUAAAUGGGUUGGUUUGAAAAUUAAUGAAUUGCUGGUUGUAGAAUAUUAUUCUCGUCAGACUUAA